AUGCGUUGUCACCGAUCCCGUAAGAAACCAAAUGCAUUUCGUGUGCGUCAUGUGAUUGUCAUGGUUUUGGGCGAUAUUGGCCGCAGUCCACGUAUGCAAUAUCACGCACUUUCAUUGGCACGCAUGACUCCAAGUAUACGCGUGACGUUACUAGGUUACGCAGGCGAAAGCUGUGUACCUGACGUGGCUAACCAGAGCAACAUUAAAGUGUUGACUUUCACUCCACUUUUGCAACGAUUGCCUCGCCAACUUUUUCUGCUUUUUGCACCGAUCAAAGUAUUGCUGCAAUUGCUGCAGUUGCUUUGGCUACUUCUAAUCACGACUGGCAGCAUGGACCUCGUGCUACUACAAAACCCACCAACAAUUCCAACAUUUGUCGUCGUGUGGCUUUGCUGUCGAAUAAAGAAUGCGAAAUUUGUGAUCGACUGGCACAAUCUUGGCUACAGUUUGCUGGCUCUAGCCAUUGGUAGUACUCACCCAGUGGUUCAAAUUGCCAAGUGGAUAGAGCGUGUAUUUGGACGUAAAGCAGAUGCCAACUUUUGUGUCACACGCGUAAUGCAGACGUGGCUUCAAGAGACUUGGCAAAUUCAAGCAACAGUACUUCAUGAUAAACCACCGCUUUUCUUCAAACCCACUCCGAUAGAAAUUCAACAUGAAUUGCUUGUUCGUGUCGGCAAUCAGUUGGAACACUGCAAUGAUCUGGUGACUUGGGGUGAAAAUCAGGUAAACCUCGAAGAAACCCUCCUGACGCGUAAAUUUCGGAUCCACGACGGAAAACAAAGCAAGACUGUUGUCCAAGCUCGUGAAAACCGACCAGCUAUGAUCAUAAGCUCGACAAGCUGGACUGUAGAUGAAGAUUUUGGUAUUCUUCUUGCAGCGCUUGAUAUUUUGGAUACACGCACAUCGUCGCUUAGUGUGUCCGAGUUUCCAAACCUGCUUGUGGUCGUGACGGGUAAGGGACCUCAGAAGGAUAUGUAUCUCGAAAAGAUUCGUAAACUUUCUUUCAAGCGCAUUCGAAUUGCCACAAUGUGGCUUGAGGCAAGUGACUACCCGCUCGUUUUGGGCAGUGCAGACGUAGGAGUGUGUCUUCACACUUCUUCUUCCGGGCUGGAUCUACCUAUGAAAGUGUUAGACAUGUUUGGCUGUGGGCUUCCAGUAUGCGCCAUCAAAUUUCAAUGCUUGGACGAGCUUGUCAAGCAUGAUAAAAACGGCCUGGUGUUUGAUUCAGCAAAGGAACUUUCAGCGCAACUUUAUGACCUGCUGAAAGGCUACCCAAAAAAUACUGCACAACUUAAUCGACUGCGAUCAUCUCUGAAAACUGUAGAGCACUGGCCCGAGAAUUGCUGCGAAUUUCAACAGAUCCAUCAAUUAUUUCUUGUGGAUGACAAGGCAUUCUAUCCAGCUUGA